ACGUGGACUUAUGCUUUGCUUUCGUUUCCACACAGUACAUUGCUCCCUUCCCACUCACACAAACCAAAAACUCUUCUUCUGAUGAUGAUGAAGAUGAAGAUGAUUGGCAUUGGAGGAACCCUAACUUCUUCUUCUCCAUCUAAGAUCAUUCUCGAAGAUUUUCCUCCUGGAAUUUCUCGCUAUGGAACAGAGAUUUUCCCUUGUGUUACCACGAAAACGUUUCAUCACAUCAAGUUUUUGCGUUUAGAUUCUGCUCACAGCAGCAGAAUUCUUAAGCCAAUUCCGCUUCGUUCUUCGUCGAUUAAGGAUUCUCAGGUAAACGUAGAAGCUUCAGAAAUCGAAGCUCAUAGAAAAACGGUUCGUGUAAGGUUCCAGUUGCGGAAAGAGUGUGUUUUUGGGGAACAUUUUUUCAUUCUUGGUGAUGAUCCUGUGUUUGGUGGCCUUUGGGAUCCAGAAACUGCCUUACCACUGAACUGGUCAGAUGGCAAUGUUUGGACUGUAGAUUUGGAUUUGCCUGUUGGAAGAUUGGUUGAAUUCAAGUUUAUACUAAAGGCACAGACAGGGGAAAUCUUGUGGCAACCAGGUCCGAACCGGUCUCUUGAAACUUGGGAAACUAACAAAAGUAUCAGAAUAUGUGAAGACUGGGAUAAUGCUGAUCUUCAAAUGAUGAUUGAGGAAGAUUUUGUGCCACUCAAUCAAGAAGAAAAGCAAAAACAAAGCAUGAGGCCUUACGCAAAUAUUUCAUGGAACAGUGCAGAAGAAGAGGAUGAAGUGCUUGGUACUGUACAACAAAAAACUUCAGUAGUAGUUGUAGAGAAUGCGGGAUAUGUAAGUGAUGAGUCUGCGGAAAAUUCGAGUUUUGAUAUCCAAAGUGAGAAAACUAUGGAACCUUCUAAUGGAGCUUUGACUGCUCGGGAGGUGACCAAAGAAGCCAUGUUUACUGAGGAAGAAAGUCCAGUUUUGGUUCCUGGAUUGAUUCCUCUGUCUGACUUGGAUAAUGAAGAAGUGGAAGUUAUUAACGAAGGUAAAGCAGAAACGUUCCCGGAGGUAGAUAAGAAGCCAGAAACCAAAACAGAAAGAAACAAGAGAGCAAAAGUAAAAGCGAUUUCGUUAUUCGAGAAACCGGAACAAGAAGCAGUGAAAAGUGUAGAACAGAGGCAGUACAAUAGAGUAGAGGAAAAGCAGCAGCGGCUAGAGACAGAGCCGCUUGGAACACCGGAAGUGCUUUUAGAGAAUGAUAUCCAGUGGGGACGCAGAACGCUUUACAAGCUUCUAAGCAACUUUGGACUUUUCUAAACUCGACUAAGUUUCGAGUGCAUACAUACAUCAGCAAAAGAGCCUCAAGAAGAUGAUUCUCUCAUAGUUUCCAACAGAUAGUCAAAACUGCUCUUAAAAGAUAUGUAAUGAUCAAAUGGUUUUGGUAAAGAGAGAGAUGAAGAAAGAAUGGAGUGUUAGUGUUAACUGUUAAGUUCUUAGGACAGUAUGUAUCAUGUUGAUCCAAUUCUCCCAAAUAAUUGUAUUGUUUUUAC